AAACUUAUUUCCACAGGUUUGGUGCAACAUACCUUCGUUUGAUGAGAUGUCAGUUUGAAGGAUUUUGAAUAUGGCGACAGCACAAGUAUCACAAAAUCGAGUUUACCUCUUCCGACUCCAAACAUUGAUUAUAGAUGGAGGGACUACAGUCGUUAGGAAUAUAUUUGAUGAGAAGAGCGCAAAUGUUCAACUUAAUAUUCUUCUUCAUAACGAAAAGGCCACAAUAAAUCGUCUUAGGGCGAGUAAAACAAUAACCCGGACACAAUUUGAUUUGCUGUAUCCACAGAGCGGUCAGUCCCCAACUUCAGCUGACUUUGAUAUCACUCUGUCUAUAUGUUUGCUACGGAACCUGAAAUGUUGCGGUUUAAAUAAACAUUUUGCUUGGAAUGCGAUACCACAGGCAGGAGAUACUUCACUAGAAGCAGAUAUAUGCCGAUUGAGAAUGUUCAGAAAUGAAAUAGCUCACAUUUCCUCUACGACUAGUAUCACGCAGAACACCUUCACGCACAAAUGGUUGGAAAUUGAGCAGGUACUCAAUCGACUGAAUACAUGCGUUCAAAAUCCUGUUCAAAAUCUACAACAACAAUUUAAUGCAUACAAAAAUAGUCCUCUGGAUGAAGAGGCUGAAAAAAGAAUUGAUGGGGAAAUUAAGAAGUGGCGAAAAUUUGAGAAAGGAUUAGAAAGUGAAGUGCAACUUGUAAAGAAAGACGUACAAGAAGUAAAACACGAGGUUGGCAACGUAAAAGAAGACGUUCAUGCAGUCAAAGAGAAGGUGGACAACGUAAAAGAAGACGUUCAUGCAGUCAAAGAGAAGGUGGACAACGUAAAAGAAGACGUCCAUGCAGUCAAAGAGAAGGUGGACAACGUAAAAGAAGAGGUACAUGAUGUUGCAGAAAAAGUUGAUGCUGUUCAAGAAAAAAUUGAUGAACUGGAAAAUGAAAAGAGAGCUCAAGGAGGAUCAAAGAAAGCAGUUGGAAAGGCGUCGAACUUCAUACAAAGAUUUUUCGAGAGAAGAGACAGGCGCCGGGAAGAGAAAAGUAAUUUAGCUUUAGAUCAUUCUAUAAAAUAUAAUUGUAUCACUGUAUGUAGAGAGUCCCUCUGGUUUAGCUUCUGA